UCCUUCAUGAGUUGCAUCGUCUCUUGACUGAUAUUGGCUUUUGCUUUUGUGUAUACAGAAUCUGGUUGCAUUGCCUUAGGAGUUGGAUGAGUGGACGCUCUUGUAGCUCCUAUGGUGGCUGAUUUACUUGGUUGUUCGUGUGGUGGUCUGUCGCCGUGUGCCUCUCUUUGUCUGGUUUUGUGCGAGUUCCUCUCUCCACGGGCAUCUGAAUUAGCGGUUGUGCUUUGCUGCGAAGUGCGUAUGCUACUUCCUUUUGGGGGCUACUGAGUGCAGCCUUUCGUUGCCCAUUGUCUAUUCUCCUAUCCAUUUUGAUCGAUGUGCUUACUUUACUAUAUUGGGUUCUGCUGCUGCUGAAGCCAUAGCUUGAAGCCCGCUCUAACCCGGUCAAUUACGUGCUUCACCAAGCGUUUGGGUUUCCGCAAAAUUUGGAUCUAUUUCUCCCAAACCCAAAUCUACCUGUGAAUUGCUGCUAUGCAACCCCCUAGAGUGUUGCAGUGCCUCACCGACUGUUGCAAACUAUUGCGCUUCUCAAUCUCUCAGAAAUCAGUCAUUUCUAAAAUAUCGGAUCGCUAGGUUGUUUGCGACUCCGGAUUUCAUGUAGCCCGCCGCUUUGCUGCUCUACCAACUGGCUCUACCACUGAGCUAUAAAAGUAGACGUUCUGACCUCCAAGAAUGGGAUUUAUAGAAAAUAUUUGCCCCACCACAUAUUAUUAUCGAAUCAGCAUUGGACACGUGGGUGACGACGUGACAAUUCAUGGUGAUAUUUCGGAAAGUACUUUUUUGCUGGUUGCGGGCUAGAGGUGGUGGAGCUUUUGUAGGUUGGGUGUGCUUGCUCUGCCUUUGAUCGGGGGGUUGCACUGCAGUAACUGGCGCUUGUAGAUAGAUAUGUGUGGAAGUAAUUUGCGGUUUGAGUAUAAUCUCUCUUGCGUUGCUUGGGCAGUUACGCUGUACUAAGAAGCAGCGAUUUCUAGAAGAUGGAGGUCGCCAAUCGACCUUCCAGUUUUGGGUGCCCGCUUCUCAAUGAAAAUUUUGGGCAAAGAACGACAGAUGACGAUGUUAAGGCCCUAGAUCCUUUCCACUUGGAGGUAGCAGAUGGCCCCAGCGCGGGAGCAAGCGAGAACAAGCCUGAAAUGCAAUCAGCACUCGAUCCUUUGCUUCAAAAUCCUGAUGGGGCGACGCAAAUGUUCAAUGAUAUGCAUGGACUGCCGGUUGGGCUAGAGCGUAGUUGCGAACUUCAUAGGCCAGGUGUUGAGCCUGGAGUAGGACCCAACAAUAGCUCGAGUGUCGGGGCUCCAAUUGAAGCACAAGAAGAUAAAGUCCUUGGCACAUCACCUGCUAGAACUGAAUUAAGGCACAUGGGUGGCUUAAAUGUUGAGGCUCAAAGAUUAGGGGCCACUUACUGGGGGGUCGGGACAGACGGUGGAAGAAGUGGCAGACUUGAAAACGGUGUCCCUUAUGGUUACUUCGCUGGAGUUUGAGGUUGAAAUUCACAACGUUUAGAAUAUAAUUCUCCCUAAUCUGUAUCAUCCCACAGAAUUUUGUUUGCUGAUUUGGUACAGAUGAUGUUGAAUGGGAGAGUUUUUAACGAAAAUUCUUGCCGGUUUUGGUCAGAAUGUUUAGAUUGUUUUCUCUGCCACAGACCAUACCCCUGCUCUGUAAGUGGACGAGCAGGGCAGUGACAUAUUUCAUAAUUCAUAAGUCUUGUCAAAGGCGAAGUUUUGGCUGCCUUGUUUGUCGCA